UUCCUGUGUGGAAUCGCUGAGGAGCAACUUGGCGCGUCACUGCCAUGGACCCCUUCCUGGUACUGCUGCACUCGCUGUCCGGCAGCCUGUCGAACAGCGAUCUGAUGGAGCUAAAGUUCCUGUGCCGUGAGCGUGUGGGCAAACGAAAGCUGGAGCGCGUGCAGAGUGGCCUGGACCUGUUCUCAGUGCUGCUGGAGCAGAACGAUCUGGAGCGCGCCCGCACCGGGCUGCUGCGCGAGCUGCUGGCCUCGCUGCGCAGACACGACCUACUGCAACGCCUAGACGACUUCGAAGCGGGGACCGCGGCCGCGGCCUCGCCGGGGGAGGCAGAUCUGCGGGUGGCAUUUGACAUCGUGUGUGACAAUGUGGGGAGAGACUGGAAGAGACUGGCCCGUCAGCUGAAAUUGUCUGAGGCCAAAAUUGACGGGGUUGAGGAGAGGUAUCCCCGAAGCCUGAGUGAUCAGGUAAGGGAGACUCUGAGGGUCUGGAAGAUUGCCGAGAGGGAGCAAGCCACAGUAGCUGGACUGGUAAAGGCACUGCGGGCCUGCCGGCUGAACCUGGUGGCUGACCUGGUGGAAGAAGCAGUGCAGGCCCAGGGGUCUGUGAAUGAGAGUGAGGAUGUGUCCCCAGUGCUGUGGGACCCAACCGUGUCUUCCUCAGAAGCACUGUGACAAGCCUGCUGCUCCUGUCAGGAGUCACUGUGGACUUGAUACACUCCGUGCUGCAUCACCAAGUGCCUUGGUUCCCAGUGCCAAGAAAGAAGACCUUGUGGAUCCAGGCCAGAGCCUGCUCACAAGCUUGAACUGGCUCCUGAAGCAAAGCUGUAUGUAUAGAACCUCUGCUCCCUGAGCUUUGGGGACACAUGGAGGUUUCCCUUCGUGUUCUCCACUGCUGCUCCUUCCCCUGAGAGAAGUCCCUGGUCUCUCAAGGAGGAAGGUGGAGCUGAUGACACACGUGUUGAAAGUUUGAGAGCCUUCCUGUUGUUCCCCGGGGAAGGACACCAACUCAAUUCAGAGCACUUGGCUGCCUCACAGUUGGCCCUGAGGACCAUCAGAGAGCAGCACCUGCCCCCCAAACAAGUGGUCCUUGCAGGAGCCUGGCACACCUCACCCUGGCACAGCAGCUCCUGCAGGACUGAUUCUAAAAUCCAUUGCCUACCCACAUUGCUGCCUCUGGGAAGGACUGGUUUAAAGGGUGGCCUGCCUGUUUCUACCAUGGCCUUCAAACAAGUGCCCUGGGCCUAGAUGUAGUGGCUCACUCUGAAAUCCUAGCACUGGAGAGUGGAGAAUUGCUGCACUCCAUGGCAACGUGAAUGAGAGCUACACAUGAGACCGUCUCACACAAACAAAAGCAAGUGUCUACCUGGAGACACCUGUGUCACCCAGGAUUCCCGCUAUGUCAAGGACCCUUCUAAUCUCAGAAGUAGGGCAGGCUGACUACAGUGUCCUGACAGCCCUAGGUGCUAGUUGUGAAUGGGGUGGUGGGAU